AUGUACUUGGCACAUGCCCUAGUUCCAAUCAUCUUGGGAAGUAGUCUUGUCGCUGCCGACAACAAAAACUACUUUACAAGUCCUGUUUCCAACACUGCAGCCAGGCCCAGCUUCACGCUCGGGGACCAAGUUCAAGUAUCAUGGGUCACUGAGCUAGGUGAGUUCAAUGUCACAUUUUGGCAAGAAAGUCUUGUCCAGGAAAGCGCUGCAAGCCAGGGAAAUAUCUACUCCAAGAUCCAUGCCAGCGACCAAGUCACAAACUUCACGUGGACCGUUCAACUUCUCGGUUUCGACUUAUCAUACUCGAAUCAAUUUUUCCUCUGGGUAAACCCAGAUGGUCCCGAUGGAUUUGUCUCUACAUACUUCAAUAUCACGGAACCCACCACAACCACCACCACUGCUAUGACCGCAACAGCGACCACAAUAAAUACCUCGAACCUUGCCACGCAACUGCCAUCGACGGGGACAGAGGCAGUUGCAGUUGCUACCCGCUUCUGCGAGCUCUACUGCCUCGGUCGGCUUAACAACCACAAACAAAAUCGCACUUGGCGUCGGCGUCGGUGUUGGAGUUCCGAUCAUCUGUGCUCUUGGGAUCCUUCUCUUUCUGAGACCUCGACAAGAUAG